AUGUCAACAUACGAAAAGAAAGCCUCAUCUCGUAAGGGCAAUAAUUCGAAGAAAGGCCAAGCCCAUCAAAAUAAUACAGCAUGGAAAGCCAAUAAAAAUUCGAAGAAGACUCGUCAGAUUAAUGCUUUACCUGUCUAUGGGUUAUGUCAACGUUGCACCGAUGUGAUUCUAUGGCGUAAAAAGUACAAGAAGUAUAAGCCUUUGACUACAGUGAAAAGAUGCACUAAUUGCCAGGAGAAGGCUAUCAAAGAAGCCUACCACGUGUUAUGUGAUAAUUGUGCACGAGAGAAAGGUGUUUGUGCGAAAUGUUUGGAGUCAAAAGAGAUUAUCACCACUAAGGACGAGAUCAAGACUAGUGCAGAUGAACUGAGGGAAGAACAGGAAUUGGAACGUAUGCUAAACAGAAUGACGCUCCGUCAACGUCGAAGUUAUUUGAGAAAAUUAGAAAGAGGAGAUGAUGUUACGGAUAUUGUUGGUACGAAUGAAGAUAGUGAUUUUGAUUUUGAAUUUAGUGAUGAGGAUGAGGAAGAAGUCGAGAGUGACAGUGAAGACGAGGGCAAGGAGAACAGUGUUGAUGGUGAUCAUGAAACUGAGGAAGAUAGCAGCGAUAAAGGAAAGGCUGAGAAGUUGUAA